AGUGGACUUGUAGUCACCACGGUCCGCCAGAAUGUCAAAAUUCAUUCCAUCUCUGGAGACCUUUGCAAAGGGGACCUUUGCCACUGCGGCCGGCGUUACGACGUUAGGAUUUGGGCUGCUUUACUAUGGGCAGAACUACCUAAUAUAUCCCUCCGCGUUUCCACCUGGAUCUCGUACUGAGGUGGCCAUACCAACCGACUUUGGUGUCGACUACCAGGACUUACAGCUGCACACUUCGGAUGGCGUGACUUUGCGAUCCUAUCUACUCGUUCAACGCAAGGAGUUAUCUACUAACCAUGCUACGCCUGUGGAGCACACCGAGGAACAGACCAAUGAAGAGUUUGCCUCCACUAGACCUACGGUCAUCAUGUUCCACGGAAAUGGUGGGAACCACGGUCACCGCAUACCGCUAGCCAAAGUCUUUUAUGUGAAGAUGCGGUGCAACGUCCUUAUGCUGUCAUACAGAGGGUACGGACAUUCUGAAGGAUCCCCAUCAGAAACCGGUUUAUGUAUAGACGCACAGACUGCGCUUGACUAUCUCACUUCACACCCUCAUCUGUCAAAGACCUCAAUCGUACUAUACGGACAGUCUAUCGGUGGUGCCGUGGCCAUCCAUCUUGCUAGCCGAAAUCCUGCAAAGAUCACUGCUCUAAUACUCGAAAAUACGUUCACGACUCUCCCCCGACUUGUGCCUAAGGCGCUACCUCUUCUUGGGCCAUUUGCAUUUUUAUGCCACCAGAAAUGGGAUUCAGCCUCUAAAAUACCUUUAAUUCCGCGGAGCACACCCAUAUUGAUGCUGAGUGGUGUCAGAGACGAGGUGGUUCCUCGUGAGCAUAUGCAGGAAUUGUGGGAAAUUGUUUCCAGGCGUCAGGGUGCCACUUCAAAACAAAACAAGUCUAUUCCGCUGUCAGAAGUUGGCGAUGGUAAAUCGAAGUUCAUCGAAUUCGAAAGAGGCACUCAUAAUGAUACAUGCGUCCAGCAUGGCUAUUGGACAGCUGUGACCGAUUUCGUCGCUAGUCUUGGGUGAAUGUGGUGUAAUAUGCGAAUUCAUGGAUGUCUUUGGUUAAUGGACUUCUGCUAUUUCAUCACGCCCAUAGGUGUGCCCACAGUAACGACCUCACCAAUUUUUAUGGUUGCAAAUAUGUAAUUCUAUCAACUUGUGCUCUGCAGCAAUAUCAUGUCCAUCGGAGCUGUCAUGCAUGGAAUCAAAUG